CUCAGUUAUAAACACUAAACAGGACACAAAUUUACGAUCGGCUUUGAUGACUUUAAGUUACACGUGUUCAUCGUUAAAUCUUUAUUUCACGCGGAGUAUUAACUAUGACUCCCUCCUCCUUCAGAGGUUGUUAACCGGUCUAUUUACAAAGCACAUACAAAGAGAUCGACAUCUUAGUAAAAUUUGCCUAGAAUAAGUACCCCAUUUAACAAAUUACGCGCCAAUUGUAGGUACAAUGAAUGACUUGGCUCGUCGCAGUUUUACACAUCGCAAUACGCUUUCACUUUGAGAUCACUUUGUAUCUACAUAACCCACUUACAACAGCUAAAACCCCUACAAAACUCCUUUGUUAAUACAACUCGUGCUAAUAACCACUAAUAUGGUUAUAUGGUUCAGCUCUUUAGCCUUUUUAGCGCCUUGAAGUUAGUGCAAUACAAGUACAACGCAGUGCACGCGCUAUCGUUCCGGCUGGCAACGUCGCGCGGCUAUUAUUACGUAAGCGGUGUUGCCGCUCCGCCAGACACCGGUCUCACCGCUCUCACCCGGCGUGCCCCUCAGUCUCGCUAGAGCGCUUUCGAUAUUACAACGUGAGUUUCGAGUGUGUCAACAUAAUGGAUUCAAAUUCGAAUUCGUAUGAUAUGUAUUCACCGAAAAUAGAGAUUGAUUCGGAGAGUGAGAGAGAGUAUAGUACGAGGCGGGAUGGAAGUUCGAAAUUCAAAGUGCAUUGGAAUUCGGAGAACACGACGAAGUUGAUUGAGACUAUGGAGAGAGAUUGCAAGGAGUUGUGGGACGCUAAGAACCCGUUGAACAAGGAUCGGAACGCGAGACAAGCGAAGUUCGAGUACUUGGCGGAGAUAUUUGACACUACGUCGGAGGAGAUAAGCAGGAAGAUACACAACUUGCGGACACAGUUCAACAAUGAACUGAGGAAAAUAAAGCGGCGUCAGGCGGUGCGUAGUGGGUGGGAGUACUUCGAUUCCCUCACGUUCUUAAUGCGCACGCCGCCAGACCAGCCCGAGACCGUCGACACCGUUAACUUGGAGAACAUUAUACAGUUGGCGGAGUUCCAAGCUGACGAAGAAGAGGAGUUUGGCGCAGCUGCGCGUGCGCACGCCGCACAGAACAAUACUCCGGCAACAUUGAAUGACAGUCCGAGCCGGACUCGUCCCACGAAAACCAUGAGAGUGGCCACUUCAGCACCACCACCACUCCCACCCAGCGCCCACCCCAUGAUGUGGCCGGAGGAGCUGGUGCCAACCCUCAGGCCUGGCAUUAACGCUGAUGAGUGUCAGAUAUUUGGCGACUUCGUGGCAUCAGAACUUAGAACACUUCGUUCCCUUGAAUCUCGCAAGAAACUGAAGCGCAUGAUUCAGAGGGCAAUUCUUCAAAUCGAGGACGAAGAAGAUGUCAACAUGCUGAGAGGAUGACAACGAAAACUAUCACUCGACUCCGAAUAAACAGUCCGAAGUGAGUGAUACAUUAACAGUGACUAUUAAGUGAAACAAUGAGUGUACUACGGGCACUUCAAAAUGAACCUUUAACGUCUUAAAAGUAAGACGUUGCUCUACAGAUUAUGUAGCGCUAUCUUGCUUUCACAAUGGCAACAGUCUGAUUUAAGAGUUCGUAGUCAGUGCUUAGUGAGACUUUACUAUAGUGGUACAGUAUGCAACAACUGCAACGGUAUCAUUUGAUUUAGCUA